AUGACAUUUGGCGCAUGGAACGUGCGUACAUUAAUCGAUAAUGACGGAAACCUUUGCCCGGAGCGUAAAACUGCUGUCGUAGCACGUGAACUUGCUCGAUACAAUGUAGACGUGGCAGCUUUAAGCGAAACACGCUUAGCUGACCAAGGCGAACUUGAAGAAAUCGGCGGUGGUUAUACAUUCUUCUGGAAAGGAAGACCCCAAAGUGAACGAAGGUUAGCUGGCGUAGGGUUUGCCAUUAAAUCCACCAUCGUAAAAAAGCUGCCAGAAUGUCCACAAUACAUCUCGGACCGCAUUAUCACAUUACGCCUUCACCUACCAAACGACAACUUCCUGAAUGUGAUAAGCGUAUACGCACCAACAAUGAGUAACGAGGACAGUGUCAAAGAUCAGUUUUAUGAAGAACUUUGCCAAUGCCUUACCAGCAUACGUUCAAGCGAACAAAUACUGCUGCUAGGCGAUUUCAACGCGAGGGUUGGCAGAGAUUCUGAGUCGUGGCCGGGCGUGAUUGGAAAUAAUGGUGUGGGCAAUAUGAAUAGUAAUGGACAAUUACUACUCACACUCUGUGCCCAAUUCGACCUCACCAUCACAAACACUCUGUUUAGGCUUCGCGACAAAUUCAAAACCACCUGGAUGCACCCGCGUUCUAAACACUGGCACCUCCUCGAUUACGCGAUAACGCGACGAAGGGACAUCUCCCAGGUGCAUAUCACACGCGUUAUGCGCGGCGCGCACUGCUGGACAGACCACAGGCUUUUGGUAACUAAGUUGAGACUCCGCCUUCGUGAACCACGAAGACCCUGCAGGGCUAAACCAAUAUCUCUCAACUUAGAUCGACUGGAUUGUAAAGAUCUUCAAGCAAAAUACCAGAAAGGCCUAACAGAUGCGCUAGAUGUGUUUGAUGCCCAGCAAGGUGACCUAAUAUCAAAAUGGAAACAGAUCUCAUCCACCGUACUGGCUGUGGCUACGGAAACCAUAGGAUACAAAAAACGAAACAACGAGGACUGGUUUGACCAGAAUGAUAGGGCCCUAACUGAAGCAUUCAAACAGCAUCGUAUACUCAUAAAGCGUAAUGAAGGAAAUCAUAAAUCCAGUCAAGAAGUCCGAAGUAGUGGUGAUUCCUUAAGGAAAUUAACGAGGAAGAUGAAAGAUAGAUGGUGGCUUGAAAAGGCAAAAAAGAUACAGUGGCUUGCAGAUACCCACCAACUAGGUGCUUUCUAUGAAGAAAUGCUUGGCGUUGACAACAUCGCCGGAGAACUGCUGAAAUACGGAGGAGCAACUUCAUACUUACAUCUGGCAAAUUUUGAUCGCAUUUGGAACGAGGAAACAAUACCACCUGAAUUUAAAAUAUCCCGUAUACAGACACUGUAUAAAAACAAAGGAGACCGUUCCGACUGCAACUCCUACCGGGGUAUAUCGCUCCUCUCUGUCCCUGGGAAGAUAUUUGCCAGAGUUCUUCUCAACCGGCUUUUACCAGUCUCCGAAGCCAUAUUGCCAGAAACUCAGUUUGGGUUUCGACCUAACAGGGCACCGGCGAAGCCAUCUUUUCCAUCAGGCAACUCCAGGAAAAAGCCGAGAACAAGGCCAACCUUUGUGUAUGUGCUUCGUGGACUUAGAAAAGCUUUUGACUGCGUGCCGAGGGAAGCCCUCUGGACUUUACUGGCAAAAUUAGGUUGUCCUGAGAAGUUUGUGAGAAUGAUUCGCCUUCUGCACGACGAGAUGACCUGCUGUGUUACCUAUAAUGGUGACCAGUCAGAGUUCUUUCCUGUCACCUGUGGGGUCAAACAAGGUUGUGUGCUUGCGCCAACACUGUUUGCUCUCUACUUUUCUGUCGUUGUCAGUGAAGCACUCAAACAAACUUCUGCUGGAAUCAAAAUACGUUUCAGGACUGAUGGGGGACUUUUCAACCUGGCCAGAUUAAAAGCAUAUACUAAAGUAUCUCAUGCUCUUAUAACGGAGAUCAUGUACGCUGAUGAUCUGUGUUUUGUUACCAACUCUGCACAAGAGCUCCAGAACCUGAUGACUAACCUUCAGGAAGUCUGUUGUCGUUUCGGUCUAAAAAUCAGUGUUAAGAAAACUGAGGUAAUGGCAAGCGACUCUCAAGGAGCUACAGAACCUAUCAAGGUAAUCAUUGGCGAUACUGAACUGAAGCAAGUGAAUACCUUCAAAUAUCUGGGCAGCACAAUUACAUCCAAGUGUGACCUUGAUGCCGAAAUAAACCAUCGAAUUGGCGCUGCAUCAGCUGCUUUCGGUAAAUUACGAGCCAAGGUCUUACACACAUGA